UUUGACCUCCAAGCCAGCUGACCAUCACCACCACCAAACUAACGCCGCAGCACAUUCUUGACAGCACCGAGUCAAGAUGAAGCUCAACAUCUCCUUCCCGGCCAACGGCACCCAAAAGCUCAUCGACAUCGAAGAUGAGAAGAAGCUGCGCGUCUUCAUGGACCGCCGCAUGGGUCACGAGGUUCCCGGCGACAGCGUUGGCGACGAGUUCAAGGGCUACGUCUUCCGCAUCACCGGCGGCAACGACAAGCAGGGCUUCCCGAUGAAGCAGGGUGUCAUGCACCCAACCCGUGUUCGCCUCCUCCUCGCCGACGGCCACAGCUGCUACCGCCCACGACGAACUGGCGAGAGAAAGAGGAAGUCGGUCCGUGGUUGCAUCGUCGCGAUGGACUUGUCCGUCCUGGCUUUGGCCAUUGUGAAGCAGGGAGACGCAGACAUCCCAGGUCUGACGGAUACUGUACACCCCAAGCGUUUGGGUCCAAAGCGUGCGAGCAAGAUCCGCCGCUUCUUCGGUCUCAGCAAGGAAGACGAUGUCCGCAAGUUUGUCAUCCGUCGUGAGGUCCAGCCCAAGGAGGGCAAGGAGGGCGCGAAGCCAUACACCAAGGCUCCUCGCAUUCAGCGUCUCGUCACUCCUCAGCGUCUCCAGCACAAGCGCCACCGCAUCGCACUCAAGCGCCGCCAGGCCGAGAAGGUCAAGGAGGCUGCCAACGAGUACGCCCAGGUUCUUCACAAGCGCGUCAACGAGGAGAAGUCCAAGCAGGCCGAGCUCCGCAAGAGACGUGCGUCCAGCAUGCGCAAGUAGACGUGGCAUUCUGUCAGACGAUCACGGCGCAAGGAGGCGGGAUAUGCAUGGUCGGGCAUUGGCGAGUCUUCACAGUUAUCAUGAUCCGAUAGCGUCCAGCUCGGACACUACAGUGGUAGAAGGCGUUGGCGUCAGAGUCUGGAAUUGGAGCAGGCCAAUGCGCCGCUCCUAAGAUACCACCAAAAAUCGUUUCCCGGCAUG